AUGAUGGGGAUCUUUCUAGCUUAUAUUGGAUUCAUUUUCUUUUCAGUUAUGUAUAUUCAACAAGGACUCUCUACCCAAGCAAAAUUCACAGAGUUUCCCCGAAAUGUCACGGCCACUGAAGGGCAGAACGUGGAGAUGUCUUGUGCUUUCCAAAGUGGCUCUACUUCGGUGUACCUUGAAAUCCAGUGGUGGUUUCUGCGGGCAGCUGAGGACCAAGAAGCUGGAGCUGAAGUGACAGGCACUCAGGUGGAACUCCUGCCCGAGCGGGACCUGGACAGUGACGGCACGAAGAUCAGUACAGUGAAAGUCCAAGGGAAUGACAUCUCCCACAAGCUGCAGAUUUCAAAAGUGAGGAAAAAGGAUGAAGGCUUGUAUGAGUGCAGGGUGACCGAUGCCAACUAUGGAGACCUUCAGGAAUACAAGGCCCAGGCGUUUCUCAAAGUCAACGCUAACAGCCACUCUCGGCGAAUGCAAGCCUUUGAGGCAUCCCCAAUGUGGUUGCAAGACAUGAAACCUCGUAAAAACAUCUCAGCAGCUGUCCCAAGUAGCAUCCACAAUUCUGCCAAUCAGCAUGUACGUGCCACCUCCAGCCCCGAAGCAGCAGCCAAAAUCCCCAAACAAAGUCCACAAUCAGCAAAGAGCAAAUCGCCUGUAAAAUCCACGGAGCGGACAGCAAAGUUGACCCUAACCUCCAACCACCACUCUGCACCCAAUGUACUCUAAAUCU